UCACAGUAUUUCUCCAAUGUCUCCAUAUUUUGGCUCAAACUCAUAUCCACCUAAUUCCUUUCCUCACCAUCUCAUCCAUUAAUUCUGUAAGAUGGCCGCCACCACGCUAAACCCAACACACACAGCGUUCCUCAGCACCGCCUCUGACAAUUCGGCUUUCAAACCCCAUAGCAAUUUAUCCUGCGUUAGCCAAAAAUGCCUUUUAAAGCAAUUUCGUAGUUUCCGAUGUACUAAUAGUAGUAGGAGUAAUGCUAAUUUUCCUUACAAUUUGGGUAAGAAAUUUCUGCUAUCGGCUUCAAAUGGAGAUCCUGCAGACACCCAAACCGAGACACAAGAAGAAGAUUCGGUUCAAGAAUCCGAACCUGAAUUUGAGGAAAAUAGCUGCUUCCUGUGAUAUCAAUUAACAAAAUAACACUUUGUGUGAAAGAGUAAGGCUUGUUAUUCUAAAUAUUAUUGGACUCUUAUAAUGGUCCUCCUGGUGGAUCCAUAACUUCCAUGGUUGAAAACCAUGCUUCAUAUGAUGGUUCAUUGUAUCUGAAAGAGGGCUCCUAGAAUAGUGAUACCAGAUUGCGGAAAAUUUGCUGUCAGCUGUCAAGAUUUCCAGGAUUUGUAGCUAUAAAUCUCAUAAUUUCCAUAUAAAUUAUGUUUCCU